UAAUUAGUUUAUUUAUGCCACGCAAUGCCAAUUUUUGUCAUUUCGCAUGCAUACUUUAUUGCUCUUAUUCCAGAAAUUACCACUUUUUGCACUAAUUCAAUGCAUAUCUGAUAUCUCCCCUCCCUCCUCCCCCAGUGGUUUCGAAUCUCAGAACUCAACAACGUUGACGUUGCAAUCAAGGUUCCUUCGUGCGUGCUAAGAUCCGAAGCUCAAUUUGAGUUAAACUUUCAGGAUUCUACUACCAGGCUUCAUCUAUUCAACUUAUUCUACCAUCACAAUGGGACUUUGCUUUUCUGGGCCUAAGAAUGAUGACGAAGAUUCUGAUACGCAUGUUGAUUUUGCUGGUGGAAAUGUGCACCUCAUCGCUACCAAAGAAAGUUGGGAUGAGAAGCUGGCAGAUGCAAGGAGGGAUGGGAAGAUUGUGAUUGCGAAUUUCAGUGCAUCAUGGUGUGGUCCUUGUAGAAUGAUUGCGCCACUCUACCGUGAGCUGUCUGAGAAACAUCCUUCUCUUAUGUUUCUAACUAUUGAUGUUGAUGAACUAACUGAAUUCAGUACUUCCUGGGAUAUCAAAGCCACUCCUACCUUUUUCUUUCUUAGAGAUGGACAACAAGUUGACAAACUUGUGGGGGCCAACAAGCCAGAGCUGCAGAGGAAGAUAACUGCCAUUCUAGAUUCGGUGGCCCCAUGUCAGAAAUAAGUGCUAUGAUGGUUCCCUGUCAUCAGUGAGUGGCACGGACCAGUCUUUCUUCUUCCUUGUGUGAGUAUUAUGAGCAUGUUUAUAUUCUUUCCUUUGAUGGUAAGUUUGUACUCUACCAUUGCAUGAAUCCUUUUGUAAAACUUGAGUUGAUGGCACUCAGUUUUCCCAAAACAACGAUCUUACAUAUUGAUCAUAUGUUGUGCAGUUAAUCAAUCUGAUUUU